ACGAUUAAAUGUUCUAACGGGUUUCCAGCAAUAGGGUAUUGGCUAAGAUGGCAUCAAAGGAGGGGUUUUUGACAGACGGGCAGAGGGAAAUGUUGAAACUUGCUUGCGAGAGUGCAGAGAAUCUUCCACCUUCUCCGAAGCCUACCUCGUGUUUACGAUCAGAGAAUCUGCCGAAAGUAUCUGGUUGUGGAAAGGCAUCUGGUGGAUCAAAUGCUGUGAGACACCGUAGGUCUCACAGCGGGAAGUCUAUCCGUGUAAAGAAGGAUGGGGCCGGUGGCAAGGGCACCUGGGGAAAACUUCUCGACACUGAUGGAGUCUAUCACAUCGAUCGGAAUGAUCCAAACUACGACAGUGGGGAGGAGGAACCAUACGAGCUUGUUGGCGCAACUGUUUCCGACCCCUUGGACGAUUACAAAAAAGCUGUGGCUUCCAUCAUUGAAGAAUAUUUCAGCACCGGUGAUGUGGAGGUGGUAGCGUCUGAUCUUGGAGAACUAGGUUCAAGUGAAUAUCAUCCAUACUUCAUCAAGCGGCUCGUCUCAGUGGCUAUGGAUAGACAUGACAAGGAGAAGGAAAUGGCAUCGGUCUUGCUUUCUGCAUUGUAUGCUGAUGUCAUCAAUCCCGACCAGAUCAGAGACGGGUUUGUCUU